AUGCAUCCAGGGAAGUCUGUUUUCGCGAUUGGAGACGAUGAUUCGGAACAAGAAGAAGACCUCCUCGCCGCGGGAGCACGCCGCCUGGGAGCGCUCGCCGCUGGGGUGUCUGUACACCUAGAUGCCUCCCCUGAGAUGGCUCAAGAAGCCCUUAAAAGUGGCUCGCCAGCAGCGACUUCCUCCCCUUCCAAAGAGGGGGCACCCCCUUGUGCUGGAUUCCCCAAAGAAAAGGAAAGCAGCAGCAGCAGCAGCAGCUGCAGCAGCAGCAGCAGCAGCAGCAGCAGCAGCACUGCCAACGCAAGCGGCCGUGCGGCUCAUCGGAUUUCUCGAGCAUCCGAAGGUUCCUGGGUUUACAGACCAGAGACAGAUGGUCCUCCCAUUAUCGGAAUAUUUGUAGUUGCAAAGGCCGCCUUGCGGCGUCCAGAAGUUCUUUUCGCGCAUCAGCAGGCGCCAUGCAACUGUUUGCCUCUGCAUUCUCACGAUCUCGCACGAUACACAGAGCGAUCUGUGUGGCGAGGGCACUCCCAGGCGGCCGAACAAGGCAACUUUCCCUGGAAUUUGAACAGCGGCUCGACGCGGCUGCUGCAGUGGAUAGAGCGCUUCGCUCUUCCCGAAGAAUUGCCUUCAGGCUGCGGAUCGCUGCUGCAGGGGGAGUCCGUUGACGGCCUCACAGGCGGCUUCUUAGGAAGUGGGGGGCAAGCUGCGGCAGACAUGCGGCUGUCCUCUCAUCUUUUCUUCACCGUGCCGAUGGAAAAGAGUUCGUGCUCCCUCUUUGGUGUGUCUUGCUAUUCUGCACGGCGCGAACGGCUGUGGGAAGUCUCUGCCCCCGAGUCUUCAGAAGGCCUUUGCGCUGUCUGCGUCGUGGCGCGCAUCCCCUUCUGGGGCUUAUUGCUCUUUCGUCUCCUUCCCGUUAGCGCAGCCUUCUUUGAGUUGAUGGAGACGGCUUCAGGGGGUGGGCGUUCGACCGCUGAGAGCUCCUCGGGAUUGCCUACGCAGGUUCUUCUGCAGUUGUACGAUCAGCUGAACACCGUCAAUUUCCAUCUGCUGCGUUACACGGAGAUCACGUUCAACCUGGAGGGUGGUCUCCCACCGUUUAUAAUGGCCAUGAACCCCCAGCAGCUUCUCGUGCUGGUGAAGGCGCUGCUGCUAGAAAGCAAAAUCCUCUUCUUUUCUCGAGACGCGUCAAAGGCCUCCACUGCCGUCCUCUCCCUGAUCUCGCUUUUGCCAGUCGACGUGGACGCGCUGGAGGUAGCAAUUCAGAACCAUCUCCUGGUGCCGCUGCUGCAAUUGACAGCGUGGGAGGAGCACUUCGCUCAGCGCAUUGCACGGGAAACAGCUUUCCUUGGAAGUCAGUCCCUCGAUGGACAGACCCCAAACAGCAGCAGCCUCUCAAAGCACGCCACAGACCUCCUGCAGCAGACCAUUUCGACUCUUGCCAGCCAUGCUGCAGCUCAUGGGCUCCCCUUUCUCAAAGGCAAAGAUGAAGGUAAGUGUGCACUUAGGCGUGCUGUCGCGAGAGCUCAGAGUCGCCUUGUGAGAAUGCAAGCAUUUCUGCUCCGUUUCUGUCGCGGUGCAGCAGGCGGAUCUCCCUCGAGAGGCGCUGCCUUGACAGACUUCUCCCAGGCUGUCAGCCCCCCUUCAGGAGGAGGAGGGAGAAGCAGCAGAAGUACCAGCGACGCUACAGCCCCCCCGUCGCUCUUUGACCCCAAUUGGGAAGCGCAUGCAGACUUGAUUCGUGCGGCCUUCUCGCAGCACCUGGAGCAGCUAUGCAGAAAAGCUGCCCUUGCCGCGGGUGCUGGGCACUCGCGGCAGCAGCUGCUGCGAGUGCUGCAGCAAGAGCAGCAGCGUGCCGCUACUGCCGCGAACAGCGAAGGACUGAGUGUUUUUGGGGCAGAAUGGUUGACGGCAUGGACAGAGACUUACAAUUUUCAGGCGUGGCUUCAGGAGCACCGCUUGCCGAGUGAGGAAGCGGCUCCAGCCAAACAUGAGACACUGCAGUCCCCGCCUACCAGCGGCUAUGCCCGGUACUUCUACAGCAACGGGGACUGUUAUGAGGGUCAGUUCGCGGCAUCGCUUCGGCACGGAGAUGGGAUUUAUUCCUCCGCUGACGGCAUGCGAUAUGACGGCUCAUGGUUCUGUGAUGAGCGGCACGGGCAUGGGGUGCUGGCGCACGAAGCAGCUGGAUAUUUGUACGUCGGGCAGUGGCAACACAAUAAGAAGAGUGGCGAAGGGCACCUUUAUUCGCAAAAAGAAAGAUAUUGGGGCCAGUUCUACGAUAACAAAUAUCACGGAAAAGGGCGGUAUGUCCAGCGGGACGGACUAGAGUACGAAGGCGAAUUCGCGAAGGGCAGGUUUGAAGGUCUCGGGAAACUAACAAUAAGCCAGAGUGGAUCGGGGAGAAAUUCGCUUCGAAACUAUCGCAAGGGUGUUGUCAUUCGGGGCGGCUUCGAAGGCGGCAAAGUGUCAGGCACUGUUACUGCUGUCUAUGCUGACGGACGGACUUAUACAGGAGGGUUAUCGCCAGAGUCGCUGCUUCCAGACGGAAGCGGGAGCAUGCUUUACGCAGACUGCUGCGCUUACGAUGGCCAGUGGCGGGGAGGACUGCGACAUGGAGCCGGGGUGUUAAGCAUCCCUGUUGGGGUGUUACAGGGAAGCGGCACAAAGGGAGGUCCUGUCGAAGACACGCAGGAGACACACGCGGGAGCGGCUACGCUUGAGGGCGAAGUGGUAAUGAUGGACGGGCAGUGGCUAGAUGACAAGCCUGCACCGGAUGCAGAGUGGAGUGUCACCUUCCCCAACGGUGACAAAUAUUUAGGCAGACUCAAGUUCCCAAAUGCGAAGGUCCCCAUAGGCGAGGACGCCCCCAUGGCAACUGACGUGCGGGAGGAACGCAGAGAAGAGCACCCGCACACAAGUCCAGAAGGACGGCGGAAACAUUGCCAGAAUAUAGUGCCGCACGGCUGGGGUCUUUGCAAACUGAAAGCAUCGGGGGAAGUGUACGAGGGGCAGUGGAUGGACGGCAUGCGACACGGAAAAGGAGAGUCGAUAACACACAGUGGGGCACGCCACUGCGGCCAAUGGCGUUUUGGACAUCCCCACGGCACUGGCCACCAUAUUGAUGCGACAUCAAGUUGUACACCCGAGGGAGCGUUCCGGUAUGAACAGUUCGCGGGUGAGGACAGUCCUGGGAUUGUGUUGGAGGAGGAGCACUGCACUGAGCCGCCCCCGAAUAUUCCAAAAGUCGUAUUCGAAGCGUUUUAUGCGUUUCCACUUAAGAACUGCCCCCUCGUUGAGCCGCCACCCACACCCUUGCGGUCUUCUAGUUCUGUUUCACCCUCCCAUACACCCAGGGACUAG